AUGGCCGCAUGGCUAACAUCACCGGUCCAGCUGCAUGGCAGCCGGGCCUUCAGCUGUGACGAUUUCACGUCUGAGCAGUGCCAGUACUAUCGCCAACGUUGGCAUUUCUGGUAUGAAGCCGACCAUGUCUUCGGGCUUUCCACGAUAGCGUUCUUCAUGUGCACUAUUGGCAUAUUCAUCGUCGGACACCUCAUAUCACAGACAAUGGGCUCCAGGGGAGAGCAAGCCUUUCCUUUAUGGCGCAGGAUGACAGCUGCAGUACGCUACUUGUCUUACCGUGGCUUCCAUGUGCGAGCAUUCCGGUGGAACUCUGCACCGGUUGGGCUGUUACUCAUCGCAGCUGUUGGCACGAUCUUCUUCUCCUGUAUGGACCUCAUCCCGAGUCCAUAUUACUGGUCAAGUCUAGAUUUCGGCGGCUCGCCACCGCUUGGAACUCGGUCUGGGUGGAUGGCUCUGGCAUGUAUGCCUUUUGUAUUUGCAACUGCCAGCAAGACGAAUUGGAUCACGCUCCUGACGGGUGUCCCUCAUGAGAAACUCCAAGUCUUUCACCGAUGGACCGCGUAUGCAUUCUUCGUCCUCGCUUUGAUGCAUACGUUUCCGUUCAUUGUCUACCACAUCCGAUUCCACGACAUGGUCAUGCAUUUUGAGAUGAGCUUGCUGUUCUAUUGGACAGGUAUCGUCGCUCUCAUCUUCCAGGCCUGGUUGACGUUGGCAUCGUUCAGCUGGUUUCGAAGCAUGAGCUAUGAGUUCUUCAAGGCGUCGCACUUCCUUUCCGUCGUCGUGUUCGUGCUGAUCUUCUUCUGGCAUUGCGACUAUACUUUGACCUCAUGGGACUAUUUCAUCGCAACCGCUGCUGUCUACGUACCUUGCCUAGUUUACCCAUGGCUACGUACCUGUUUCGAGUACGGACUCAGACAAAAGGCGCAGAUCUUCGUUGAAGACAACGGCUUUACGCGAAUAACCAUCCCAGCAAAUUUCCACUGGGUCCCUGGCCAGCACUGCUUUCUACGCUUUAGGGGCUUCGGUCUUCACGCACUUACCUCGCACCCGUUCACGAUCUGCUCUUUACCAGCAUCAUCGCCACAUGAGAAGUCCACAAUCACAUUCUACAUCCGUCAUCGUGGCGGCUUCACAGCCCGGCUGUAUAACCAGGCGAUGAAACAUCCAGGUAUGGCAGUACCUGUGCUAGUCGAUGGACCGUACGGCGGCAUCGACCCAUUGAAAUGUCAUAACAGCGACCGGCUACUGGUAAUUGCGGGCGGCUCUGGCGCGGGUUGGAUCUUGCCUUUCAUUGAGCUGUUCGCCCGAAACUGUCUUGCCAUGUCAAUUGAGGAGCAUCGGACGGAGGCGGAGCUCGGUGAGAAAGGAGGUGGUUUCAAGGAUGCUGGUCAAGUUCAACCCUUUCAAUUUAGGCCCAGAUCACUCAGACUCGUACUCGCCACAAGAGAUACUGCCACCCGUGUCUGGUUCCAUAGGACCGUGAAGGAUCUCCUGUCACGAUACUCUUCAACCCAUCCACCUGCGAACCUGGAUCUGCAGGUCUACUUGACUGGUGAAGCCGAUGACCAUAUGAACUCAGUCAAGGUCAUCGGGGACCUCGAGCGAUCUGAACCGUCCUCAUCAGAAGACGUUCUCGCACAGAAGCAUUUCCAUGAAGACAAAACCUCCAGACGAAGCAGCGUUGUCAAACAAGAACUUCGGCACCGUCCGGACUUGCCGUCAAUCGUCCAUGAAGAAGCAUCGAAGGUUGCAGAUGCGGGCCAGACUCUCGGAGUCUUCGUCUGUGGGCCUCUGACCAUGCAGAAUGAUGUUCGAAACGCUGUUGCAGCAGAGAAUCUUGAGAUCGUGAGAAGUCCAAAGUCCGGAGGUGUCUAUUUGCACUUGGAACAUUUCUCUUGGGCGUAA